GUACGUGACUAACACAUGUGAAUUGCUAAGCUCCACGUUCCUGUGGAAUGUAGCUUGGCGUGCCGACGAAUUGAAGUAAAACAGUUUUCCAACGGCACCCGUGCAUGCCCUAAAAGCAGCAGCUCAGGCGUAGGGGAAGUCAAUCUUGCGUAUAUUGGCAACGGCAAGUUUCGGGCACAAUGCGCCACUUUACUUGUAAAUCUUGCCAUGGUCGGUAGAUUUCGUUGUUGUUUGGACUUUGGGAUGAGAACGCGGGAGGCCCGUCGAGCCAACAGGAAACCCAUAUAAGGGUUGAUUUUUGUUUAGGUUCAUCACCCAGUGUUAAUUUUACAUUUUUAUCCUGGAACUGUGAGCUUCUGACGACAGAGCGGCGUUGCGAGUCCUCGCCUACUUUGCACCCAAGCCCUCGCGACCCCCAUAAUAUAUCUUCAGUAUGGCCUUUUCAAGUUCUCUGCGAUGCAUCCUUGCUUGCGCUUUCCUAGCGAGCUGCCUUCGGGCCUCGUCAGCGGAUGGUGGAUGGACGACCGCUCGGGCAACUUGGUUUGACGUCGGCGACAUGAGCAAGGCUAACUGCCACUUCUCGUGGGCACCUACUGGCCGAAACGUUGGAGCUUGGCCCGAUCAGCAGAGCGGUUUCAGCUCCAGCUGCGGCAAAUGCUACGAGGUCAAAUGCCGCAACGCUAACAUCGUCGACGGCUACGGCCAGAGUCUGCAACGCACCAACGCCUGCUACGACGAGAACAAGUCCGUCAUCAUCACGAUUGUGGAUGCUUGCCCCUGCAAGUACCCCAACAACGCCUACAGCAACCAGCGUUGGUGCUGCGGCGACAUGAACCAUGUCGACAUCUCCCAGGAGGCGUUCCAGCAGCUCGCCAACCUCGACAUCGGCGUCAUCGGACUUUCCUACCGCGAGGUGGACUGCUCCAAGGCCGGUACGCAGGGAGACGUCAACAGCGGCAGCGCCUCCUCACCCAGCUCCAGCGGCUCCAAGUCGGCUGGCAGCGGCUACAGCACCGGCACCGGCUCAACGCAGCAGCAGCAGGGGCAGCAGUCCGCUCCCGCUUGGGCUAGCUGGGCUAAGGGCUGGUCGGGUGGUCGCUGGCGCUCGCGCAGCUUCAUGUAAGGGGUGCAAUGGAAAGCGUGAUCAGCAGGAUGUGAGCUGAAAGCUUGAGGAGUACAUAUCGUGAGUAGGGUGGCUAUUUAAGGCUUGGUGCAAGUGUUUGGCAGUGAUGAGCGAGCCGCUUCAGCGUCCGAAGAGAAGUAGGUAGCGCAUGUUGUGAACCGAUAGGUCGUUAAAUCUUUCUGACACGGCGCAUGCGGCCAUUGCCGGUGGAGCCUGCGCAGUGAUGUUGGGAUGAAUAGGAAUCGUACAUACGGGGUUUGUUGCUGGCUUAGCUGGAGAAGAAGUUCGUGUGUGGUGUGUAUGCAUACAUGGCACCCGAAGUGGCUGAACCUUUAGUCUGUACCACUAAUGUAGUAGAUACCAGUUCCAGUUGUAACGUCGAAUGACACAUGAAUAAUUGAAUGGCCGGUACAGUGAUCCCAAACCCCGCGCGAGUG